AAGCCUAGCUAUCACACCUGAUCCACAGUACUUCCAGGAUGUUUUAGUGGAUGACCUCCUAAAUCUUUGGGUGAUCCAUGUAUUUGUUCAUGCACAGCUCUUUUUCUGUGUAACAGAGAUAACAAGAGAGUGGAUAAUCCUGACAGGCCUGAGUUAUCUGUCUGCCACUCCUGGCCUGUCUUGGUAUAUACAGGAUGUGUUCACUGUCUGAACUGUAGCUUUAACAGAGUUUGAUGGCCUUACAAACAGAGCCCAGCUGAAAAAUAAAAACACAUUUCUCGGCAGCACUGGUGAGACAAUGACCUGAUCACCAUGAACUUGGAAGGGCUUGAGAUGAUAGCAGUUUUGGUGGUGAUUGUAUUAUUUGUUAAAGUGUUGGAACAGUUUGGUCUGCUGGAAGCAACUGUUGAAGACAGUGUUGAAGAUGAAUUGGAAAUGGCUACCGUCUGCCAUCGCCCCGAGGGGCUGGAGCAGCUUGAGGCGCAAACUAAAUUCACAAAGAAAGAGCUUCAAAUCCUCUAUAGGGGUUUUAAAAAUGAAUGUCCCAGUGGGAUAGUCAAUGAAGAGACAUUCAAAGAGAUUUAUGCACAGUUCUUUCCCCAAGGAGAUGCAUCCACAUAUGCACACUUUCUUUUUAAUGCCUUCGACACAGACCACAAUGGUUCAGUGAGUUUUGAGAACAUGAGGGAGAGGGAGAGGAAAGGACAGGGUCCUCCAAACAUCCCACAACUGCCACGUGCAGAGGAGGAGACACUGGAGAUCAGUGGAGUUUUAGCUUCCCUGGCCAUUGGAGAUGGGGAGUUGGGAAGGUUCCAGCUACCUGGUGACACAAUUAAAUCAAAGUCACCCACACGUCACAUGGCUCUCAGUCAUGUUAACCUGAUUUCAACAGUGAGUGAAGAUUUUGUUAUGGGCCUUUCUGUCUUACUUCGUGGAACAAUACAGGACAAACUUAAAUGGGCUUUCAAUUUAUAUGACAUAAAUAAGGAUGGAUAUGUAACUAAGGAGGAGAUGUUGGACAUUAUGAAAUCUAUUUACGACAUGAUGGGAAAAUACACUUACCCUAUUCUCAGAGAGGAAACACCCAGACAGCAUGUUGAGAUUUUUUUCCAGAAAAUGGAUAAAAAUAAAGAUGGGGUUGUCACCAUUGAUGAAUUCAUUGAUACCUGCCAAAAAGAUGAAAACAUCAUGAAAUCCAUGCAACUCUUCGAAAAUAUCAUUUAACAACAGCAACUAUCAAGCACUUUAAUGGACAACAUCACAGAUUCUAUAUUAAAGGAUGAGUGACUGUGAUCAGUGGAGAAACCACUACAGCUAUAACUGAACUCAGCAACAGGCUGAGAUAAUGUAUUAUGCAAGCGAGCUUUGUUCAGAUGUAAAGCUUUCAACUAGUGAAUAUUUUUAGAGUUAUGAACAUAUACAUGUCAUGAAAUUAAGAAUGGAGUCUAUUAUUUUAUUAUCUUUUUGAGUUAGUUGCAUAUGUAGAAUGCAUGCUUUCCUAAACUAAGGAUCUGACCCUUCUGAAAGGUAAUGAAGCCUAUGGUUAUGUCACCACUGUGGCAUUACUUUUGGUUAUGUGGAUGAGAAGCAGGUUUUGUAUGUGUGUGUGUAUGGGUAUGUGUGUGUAGCUAUGCAGCACAACACUUCUGAUUUGCUGCAGACUGUUUGGAAAUUGAAAUACGCAGCUUCCUAAACAAAUGUAUGAUCCAAUAGCCCAUUUAAGUGUAAUUUUAAUAAUACAUAGAACAAGGUGGAGACAAAGAGACAAAUGAAAUGUAGCAUACUAUCCAUUUUACAUUAUGGUUUCUUAACUAGAGUAAACACAGCACCUUUUAUUGAUAAGGUAGAAGUCGCAUUACUAUUUCAGGUAUACAGAUGGAAUCUUAAAGACACGUCAAGGCUGCUCUGAUUAAGUCACUAUGUAAGAAUUAAGGAACAGUGCAGCCCCAUUACAUCUGAGAUUUACAACAGUGUCUAUGUGUAUUAAUAGGUGUACAUUUUGUAAAACAAACAAAACAGUCCACAACAAUAAAGAGAGAAAGUUUAUCAAAGGCA